UGUUGUGCCCAAAGAGUGGGUAUCCUCCAAAGUCCCACAUUGGAGAGUCUUGAAGGGAGGAAUGUUGUGCCCAAAGUGUGUGGGUAUCCUCCAAAGUCCCACAUCAUGUAGUUUGAAGAAGGGAGUGGUAGACUACUACUAUAAAUAAGAGGUGAUAGUUAGUGUCUACUCACCACAACAACAUAGGUUCCAAUGGGUGUAUUGGGGACUUGGGUAGUUGUGUGUCAUGAGAGAGUUUCCAAGUUUUGCUAGAAAACUUGUGUAUGAAGGUUUCCAAGUUUUUCCAAAAAAAACUUGUGUAUGAGAGGGUUUGCAAUUUUGUCCUUGUAAAAAUUGUAAGUAGAGAGAAAUAAAAUGAGUUUGUUUUUGUUUCUCUAUUUUUGUGUGUAUGCUUCCGCUGUGGCUGUUUGAAGGCUGCUUCUUUUCCCAACAUGGAUAAGAACUAACUAAUAGAGCCGUAUGCUUUAUCUCACCUUUUCCUUAGAACUUUUAAAGUCUCGUCGCUUUCCCCUGGAAAUCACUUCACUGUGUCAGGUGGACUUGAUCUUUUGCUUCAAUUUGCACAAGUUCUACAUAUUGAAGCAAGAAGAUUACAAGACUUUGUUGUACUUUUACAUCGUUUAGUUUCCAAAGAAAUUUCCUUCACUGCAGAGAAGGCCAAAAACAUUGAAUCAAAAACCAAUAAUACCCUGUAAUCCUGUAUGCGCACUUCCAAGUUCUAAGUGCAUUUAAUAAUAAAAUUGCCACACUAUGACAAAUUUGAACAACUUCAACGUGAUCAAAGUCACAGAUGAAGAGAAAAUACAAGUUCAACAAGAGUGGAUUUCAUCCACAAACCCCAUCAAGGCACAAGAUUCAAGUUCAAGCUUUCCAAACGCAACACUGGCGGGGGAGGGCUUCAAGAUUCUUUUCUACCUUAACCUGCUCCUCCUUGCAGCAUUGGUGAUUUCCCUCACCCUCUAUGGCCUUGUCUAUGCCUUUCGCAGCCACCAUUUCCACCCAAAGCAGUGGUACCCUCCACUCCUAAUAGCAACAUUAUGUGGUGGAAUUGUUGGUUUCAAAUGGCAAUGGAUUACAGCUAGGAAUCCAACAAAGGCUAUUAGAGCAGCAUUUUGUCUGAGUCCCCUUCUUUCAUGUGCAAUGGGGGUUAUGUUUGUAUACAUUGGAUCUGCACCAAGUCUUGCUGUUGGUAUUGUUGCUAUGGUUUCUGCAUUAAUUCAAUCCCUUUAUGGUUGUUGGGUCAGUCCUAGAUUUGAUUAUGCAAAGAGAAUCUUGUCAGUUUCAAUAGCUAAUCCUCCUGCUAAAAGCAUGAGGUGGGCAUUCUAUUCAACUCUGAUUGGUGUUCUUUAUUGUUGUUUUUCGGUGUGUGGAAUUGGAGGAGCUAGAGCAAUUGAAAACAGAACCAUGCUAACUGCCUUGCUCAUCUUGGUGAUCCUUUUGAGCCUGGGGUGGACCAUGCAAUUUUUGAAGAAUGUGUUGCAAGUUACCAUUUCAAGGGUGAAGUAUAUGCACUUAUUUGGGGGAGAAAUCAUGGACACAAGAGUGGCAUUGCAUGACACAGUUAAGUACCAAACUGGAAGUGUUUCCCUUGGCUCCAUUCUUGUGCCCUUUAUCUCACUCUUCAGGGGUUUUGCAAGGUCAACAAGUCUGAUUGGAGGAGAUAAUGGUGAAGUCAUGUUUUCAUGUGUUAGUUGCUACAUGGGUAUUGCAUCACUUCUUGUAACCCGUGGAAACAGAUGGGGUUUUGUGCAUGUUGGAGUUUAUACAAAGGGGUUCGUGCAGGCAUCCUCUGACACUUGGGACAUUUUCAAUAGGGCUGGUUUGGAACAACUCAUAGACUUGGAUCUCACUGGCUCAUUUUGUUUCCUUAGUGGAAUGGCAGGGGGUGCAAUGUGUAGCCUAGUGAGUGGAAUUUGGAGCAUAGUAAUACACAAGAGCUAUGCUACAGAAAUAUCCAUUUAUGCUUUCUUAAUUGGUUACUUCAUGUUUCGGUUGGCAAUGUCAUGGCCACAAGCAUGUGUUUCAGCUUACUAUGUUGCCUAUGCAGAGAAUCCACAGAGCACUCAAUUUGACUGCACCAUCCCUGUACGUUUGGAGCAGCUUCAGAUAUAUCAAGCUUAGAUAACAAUCAUAACGUUGACUUAAUGUCGCGCAUACAUUGUUUUGGUCAAAAGACUCAAAACAAUGAUGUUUUGUGAUGUGACACUAAAAUAAACUUUUAUUACAUGACUAUAUAAUAGUAAUAUUAUUUUAUAGAAACCUGUAAUAUAUGUUGUUGUUUUUGCAACAGGAACCAGAAGAGAGUGUUAAAGGUGUUUUGUUGUGUAAUAAGAACAAAACCAUAUAAGAUUAACCCUUUUUUUUUUGUAGAAAUUAAGAAAGGAUCUAACCUUGCACAUCCUAUGAGCUGAAUCACAGAUUCAAAGAGAAGGAAAGUACAAUUGAAAGUCAAUCCCGCUGCUUUCCAAUACAGACCCAACAACCCAUCAAGCACUUCAAACCACUGAAACACUCUAUUCUAUUGUCAGACUUAUAUUGUUGCAUUUUUGGUACACUGCUGGUUCCAUUGGUUCUUAGAGAAUGCUGUGUGGUAAAGGCUUAAAUCUCCCAGAACUUCAAUUGCUCCAAGAUCGCAUUAUGGUUACACUAUUCCACUUAGAAAUGUUAUUCCCUCCGUCAUUUUUCACAGUUAUGGAGGCCCAAUGCAUUAUCGAUAUAUGUAUCCAGUGGAGAGGGAAUGAGGUCACUUAAAAUACUUUGUGCGAAAUAAGGCACAACUUGAAGGAUCCAUAGCUGAGGGGUAUUUAGCUGAAGAGUCCCUUACCUUUUGUUCUCGGUACAUUGAAGAUAUUGAGACAAGGUUCAAUAAACCUAAAUGUGUUUGUGAUGAUCCAAUUGAUAAUGAGACUUCUUUUAUGUCUUCUAUCUUCCCACAAAUUGGUAAACCAGUAGGAGCUUGCUCAAUGUUCACUUUAACUCCAAUGCAAAAAUUGCAAGCUCAUCUGUAUGUGCUCCUCAAUUACACAAUAGUCACACCAUUUGUAGAUGAAUUUAGACAAUUCAUAAAAAGGAGUUCAAGAGGAAGAAGUCCUUCAUCUACGGAGAUAGAGAAGAAAGUCAAUAAAAAGUUUGUUGAUUGGUUUAGAAAGAGGGUGAUUAGUCAUUUAGUGGUUAGAUAUCUUUUUUUACCAUUUUUUUUAAACUUUGACUUCCAAUUUUUCUAGAUUAUGAAUCCAGACACAACAAGUGAAAUGUCUACUGAUCUAAAGUUUCUAGCAUGAGGACCUUUGGAUAAUGCAAGAAGAUUUAUUGGAUAUAACAUUAAUGUGUUCAAAUUUCGAACCUUGGCUUGCGAAGAGGGACUAAAAACACAAAAUAGUGGUGUUUUUUUAACAUCUAACACAUCAUGUGUUUCAAGUAGCAUUGAUGGCAACAUAAGGCAAGCAGACUUACCAUAUUAUGGGAAGUUAGAAGAUAUCAUUGAGAUUAAAUACUAUGGUCAAUUCAGUGUUAUCCUUUUCAAAUGUAAAUGGGAUGAUACUACACGAGAUAGAGGGUAUAAAAAGGACUGUUGGAAUUUUAAUUGUGCUAACUUUGAUAGAUUGGUUCAUGUUGGCGAUCGUGAAGAACAUGAACCAUUCAUUGAAGCAUCUCAAGCACAAAUGGUGUACUAUGUAGAUGAUGUAGUCAAUAAAGGAUGGAAUGUUGUUGUACAUAUGAAGCCAAGAGAUUUAUAUGACAUGGGAGAAGAAGUAGAAGAAAAUGCAUAUGAAAAUGAGCCAUAUGAAGAGCAAGAGCUUGAACAAUUUUCUAGGCUUGAUGAUCAAUAUGUACAAUUGGCUACAAACCAUCUAAAUGAUAAUAUAGUUGAUUGAAGUUUGACUCCUAAAAUAGCAAGAAAUUCACACUUGUCUGACUAUAUUUAUUUACUUUUGCACUUCUUUAUAGUCAUGCCAAAGUUGAAGCAUUUUAGAAAUCCACAAAAAUCAGCACCUCAAUCACAAUGUGAUGCACCUUUGACACAAGCUCCAACACAUUCAGUUCUAGUAAUGAAUUAUGAAAUUCUUUCCACACCAAGUGAUUCCUCACAAGCUCCUGAAGUCCCAACUAUUAAUGUCCCACUUUCUCAUGUAGCAACUUCUGAAGUGCCACAAGAAGAUGAAACUUCUAGACUUCAUGUUGGGCGUGUCUCUACACAAUGUUGGACUAUUGAGGCAAUAGGUAUAUAAGUAUUGUAUUUUCACUUAUAAUUAUUGUAAUAUAAACUAUAUCAAAUUUUCUUAUUAUUAAGUA